UGAAGGUGAUAAGCCGGUUCAAAUCCAGUCCGGUCCACUUUUAAGAUUCACAACCGUCCCAGUUUCUUGUAUAUGAUGUGCAGCUGUAGAGAUCUUAUAUCAACCUCUAUAUACAAAGAAAUAUAGAUCUAUAUUUGCAUGUAUUUAUUUUACACAGUUUUCACUUUCUCUCACUAAUCUGAUGAUUGAAUUGUCGGUGUGAAACAAAACCCUUUCACACAAGAUUUUCCAAUCUUCACACAAACCCUAACCUGGAAUCAAUUUUAUUCACACUCCUUUUGAUUUCAUGUAAUCCAAUAUCGAAUUGUGAGCAGUGUAUUGAAUAAUUUACUUAUGAAAGGAAUAGUAGGAUUAAGCGCAAAGAAACCCUUGUUUGGUGUCUUUGUGGCGGUCACCUCUCUCCUCCUUGCCCUGAUCUUGUUAUCCCCUUCUUCACCAUUCUCUGAAAGCUCUGUUUUAUCUAGAUCUUCAAGAUCUGCCACGCGCAGUGAGGAAUUGGAUAUAUGGAGUAUUCGCAGGAUUGUAGAUUGGCGACCUUGCAAAUGGUGGCUUCAAGGAGAUCCAGCAGCUUUGCCGGUAGAGAGUAACGGGUAUAUUCGAGUGGAUUGCUAUGGUGGGCUUAAUCAGAUGAGAAGGGAUCUGUGUGAUGGUGUUGGUAUUACCCGGUUGCUAAAUGCAACUCUUGUUUUGCCGAAGUUUGAAGUGGCUGCAUAUUGGAAUGAAUCAAGUGGCUUUGCAGAUGUAUUUGAUGUGGACUACUUCAUUCAGCAGAUGAAAGGUUUUGUUAAAGUUGUUAAAAACUUACCAGCAGAGCUUGCGUCAAAGGAGCCUUUCCGAGUGGACUGCAGCAAACGCAAGGGCCAAUUUGAUUACAUUGAAACUGUCCUUCCUUCCCUACUGGAGCAUCAUUAUAUUUCAAUCACACCCGCAAUGAGCCAAAGGAGGGACAGGUAUCCUCUGUAUGCAAAGGCAGCCCUUUGUCAAGCUUGUUAUAAUGCACUACGCCUUAAAGGUGCCUUGGAGAAGAAAGGCUCUGAGCUUCUGCAAGCCAUACCCAAACCCUUUCUCUCACUUCAUCUUCGGUUUGAACCUGACAUGGUAGCUUACAGUCAGUGUGAGUACACCGGCCUUUCUCCUGCCUCCAUGGAAGCUAUAGAGGCUGCACGAGGAGAUAGAAAACCCUGGACCGGAGAAGCAGCCCAGGUGUGGAGAAACCGUGGAAAAUGCCCCCUCACUCCUAAUGAGACUGCUAUCAUACUUCAAGCUCUUAAUAUCCCAAGAAACACAAAUAUUUAUUUGGCUGCUGGGGAUGGCCUGAUGGAACUCAAUGGGUUUACCUCUGUUUACACCAAUGUUUUUACCAAGUCUACACUUCUUAACCAUGAGGAUUUCACAAGCAUGCAUGGAAACACCAAAGCUGCAUUGGAUUAUUUUGUAUCGAUCAAUAGUGAUUCAUAUAUGGCUACAUACUUUGGGAACAUGGAUAAAAUGGUAGCAGCAAUGCGGGCAUUUAAGGGGUUAUUCAAAACUCUUUUCUUAAGCAGGAGGGCUUUCGCAGAGUUCACUUCCAAGGGUUUGAGAGGGAGAGAGAUGAUGGAAGCCCUAUGGAAGGCACAUAGAGAUGAUUUUGUGAUGGGGAGAGGGUCUGCUUUGCCCGAAUGCUUUUGUGACUUCAAAUUAUGAUUUUUAGGUGUCCAGUUAUGUCGCCAUUAACCUUUUGGGGAUGCAACGCACAAGGAUCCCUUGUAGAAGAAAGAAGAAUUACCCUAGCCAUUUUUUCAGAGUUCUAAUUUAUUUCACCCGCAUAUGUUUUGGCAGCUGGGAAGUCCAGAGAUCGGAUGAAGCUAGAUGCAUCCAGCAAUCCAGUUCUCUUUAUUCAAGGUACUUGAAAUGAGUGUCUUUCGGCUUUCCUAGCACACGAGGAUCUUUUGAUAUUUAUUUGUUUAUUUCUGUGUUUAAAUUAAAUUACAUUGUUGGGGCACCAUAACUUCCUGAAUAUCAAGAUGUAAAUGUUGUUACUAAGUUGACUUAGGCUCUGUUUGUUUCAUAAAA